AAUAAACAUUGAAAAUGUUCUGGGAUGGGAUAUUCUUCUGAAUAACCAAAAAACUAGAAUCUGCAGUAAAACUAUUGAUAAUAAGAACUUAAAUUAAUAAGAUUUAACUCAAUCAAACUUAAAAAAAUGUCAGACGACGAAGUUAUACGUUUCGAAAUUACUGACCACGAUCUGGACAAUGAAUUUAAUCCGAACAGAAGUAGGAAAAAUAAAAGAGAACAGCAAAUAUAUGGUGUCUGGGCGAAAGAUAGUGAUGAGGAAGACAAUGAAGAUAAUAUUAGGAAGAGAACUAGGAAGCCGAAAGACUUCUCUGCUCCAAUCGGCUUUGUUGCUGGCGGUGUGCAACAGGCUGGAAAGAAGAAAGAAAACAAACAAGAACUAGAAUCUGCCGAACCAUCGGUGUCACAAAUAAAUCUCAAUGACAGUUCUGAUGAGGAAGUUAGUAAUCCUGCGGAGAGUGAAACCGCGGGGAUACGUCGUGCUGGGCAGGGCAUGCGGCCUGCAAACCUUGGUGGCAAUGUGGGCUCUUGGGAGAAACAUACUAAGGGGAUUGGAGCGAAGCUGCUGUUACAGAUGGGUUACCAACCUGGUAAAGGUCUUGGCAAGGAUCUGCAGGGUAUAUCGGCUCCAGUCGAAGCUACACUGCGCAAAGGGAGGGGAGCUAUCGGAGCGUAUGGGCCUGAGAAAGCUGCGAUGAAAAUAAAGAAAGAUGAAGAGCGACGUCAAAAAGAGGAAGCGGAAAAGGAAAAAGCGGCGACACCGAAGGCGUACAACUGGAAGAAAUCUCACAAGGGUCGCUAUUUCUACAGGGACGCGGCGGACGUCAUACAAGAGGGUAAACCCUCGAUACAUACAGCUAGCAGUAGCGAACUAUCAUCGGUACCGGUGAUAGACCUGACGGGUCGUGAGAAACGCGUACUAAGCGGUUACCACGCACUGCGCGCAGCCGCGCCGCGCUACGAGCACGAGCCGAGGCGUGAAUGUACCAACUUUGCAGUACCGGCCUUAACACACAACUUGCAAGUCGCCGUGGAGAAUUGUGAACAGGAAAUAAUCGACAAUGCACGUUCACUGCAACGAACAGGUGAUCAGAUGAUCGAGCUGCAGCGAGAAGUUGAACAAUUCAAUCAACUGAUCCAAGAGCAAGAUAUAGUGAUUGAUAAAUUGGAAUGGGUAUUAAAGAGUGUCGAAAGGUUAAAUAAACCUGAUAUCUCUUUGGAGAUGGCUUACGAGACUUUGGUUGAAACUAAGGAAAAAUCACCGGUGGAAUACGAACUGUUUGGUCUAGGUACGAUAGGCGCGCACGUAGUGAACCCACUAUUCAGUUGUUUGCUGGCCAAGUGGGAUCCGCUGAGGUAUCCCACGGAAAAUGUAGAUACAUUCCUCAAGUGGAAACAGGUGCUUACAGAGGAUUCGUACACUAUGCUUCUGUGGCAACACUUCUUGCCGAAAAUCACUAGCGCUUCUGAGGUGUGGAACCCCCGUGUCCCGGAGCCGAUGCUGCGCGUGUUCUCGGCGUGGGCGGAUGCGUGUGGGGGCUGGGUGGUCGCGGGCUGCGUCACCAAGUGCGUGGCGCCGCGGCUGCUCUCCGCCGUGCGCUCGUGGGACCCCACCAGCGACACGCAGCCGCUGCACGAGUGGGUGCUGCCCUGGCACCCGCUGGCCGGUGAAGCGUUAAGCGCCAGCGUGUACCCUUUAAUUCGAUCACGGCUUGCCAGCGCUCUAGCGGCCUGGCACCCAGCAGACGCGUCAGCCAAGCCGUUGCUGGCCGCGUGGCAACAGGCGUGGGGCUCAGCGCUGACCAUGAUGCUGCACCACCACAUUGUGCCCAAGCUGGAGCACUGCUUGCAACACGCGCCGCUCGAGCUCGUGGGGAGGGAGAAUACCGCUUGGCUCUGGUGCGUCCAAUGGGUGGACUUAGUGGGCGCGCCCACUAUAGCAGCACUAGCGGGCCGUGCGCUGUUGCCGCGCUGGCUGGGGGCGCUGGCCGCGUGGCUGAACACCGCGCCGCCGCACGCGACCGUGCUCGCCUCGUACACGGACUUCAAGAAAAUGUUCCCGGCCGAAGUGCUCAAAGAGCCAGUUGUUCGUGACGCGUUCCGUAAAGCCCUCGACAUGAUGAACAGAAGCACAGACAUAGAUCCCAUAGAACCACCCCCACCACCACGCUUCACGAUGCCAGAAAACAAACCAGAACCCUCCAUCAUAAUACCAGACGCUCUAUCGACCAAUACCCUGAAAAGUUUCUCGGAACUUUUGGAAUCCAGAUGUAUGGAAAAAGGCAUCACUUUUGUGCCAAUGCCUGGAAAAACAAGAGAAGGAAGGCCAAUUUAUAAGAUCGGAGAUAUGCAGUGCUAUGUUAUUAGGACGAUAAUCAUGUAUUCUGAUGAUAAUGGCAGGAAUUUCGCGCCGGUCAGCAUGGAGAAACUAUUGAGAAUGGUUGAGGAAUAAAUGUGUUGGAAAUAAUUGAUGUUA